UAAAUGAUUCAUUUAUCUAGAGGAUUGAAGAAUCAACUUAGAAAAGUGACAAUUCAAACAUUUGCUAAUUCUACAAAAGUGCCUAAUCCUUUUGGCCAUCAUGAUGAUCAUGGAGAUCAUGGUGAUCAUGGACAUGGAGAUCACGGACAUGGAGAUCAUGGACAUGGACAUGGAGAUCAUGCAGUAGCUCAUGGUAGAAGUAGACCAAAGGUAGAAUACAAUACAAUUACUUAACAUUUGGAUCAUUAGAAUUUAUAUACUUAUUUUGAGUGUAAUAAAUGAUUAUUUUAUCAUAGAGGGUCCUGGAUAUAUGUAUUACCCAGGUGUUAAUUAUAAUGAAGCUCAUGGUAAACCAUAUGAUUGGAGAGAUGAUCCAAAAUACAAUCCAGAUUAUAUUAUUCCUACUAAACAUGUUGGAUGUCCAGAUCCAAAAACAUAUGUCUGGCCAUUUGAAGGAAAACUUGUUCAUUUCAAUCCAUCUGAAACCUUACCAUAAAAUCAUCUUUAUGAUCCAUCACUUCUUUUGAAACCAGAAAACAAAUAAGUAGGACAACCAAUCUAACAUUUAACUGCAGCCUAAUAAGAUUAAGAUGCUGAUGUUAACCAUGAAUUUGAUUAUGAAUCUGAAGAUUGUGAUUUCUAAACUGAAAGUUUUAGAACUUAACAUUUUAGAAAAAGAGGACCUAUGUGGCCAUGGGCUUUAAUGGCUACUAUGCCAUUUGUUUAUUUCUGUAACUAUUUCUAUCUUAUUCUUUUUAGGGGCUGAAUUCCUUUAUUAAAGAUAUCCAGAUGAAGAUCAUUGGAGAAUUACUCAUCCACCUCCUCUCAAUUUCCCUGAUAGUGAAGUAAAUCUAUUAUAUAAUAUAAUUAGGAUACUGAUGAUACUGAUUCAUAUUAAGAUUAUCACACACCAGGUGGUAGAUUCCUUAGGGAUAUUGGUAUUAUUGGAGAUUUGUGGUUCGAUAUUAAAGAUGGUAAAAAGGUUAUGAACAAAUGGUCUGGAUGUAAUUAACCACUUCCUGAUAUUUGAAUAAUACACAAACAAAUUAUCAAAAAAUUAUUAUGUUAAUUUAACAU